UCUUAAAACUUGAUGAAAAGUCUCAAACAAACCCUCUUCAUUUCAUCAGAUUUAUUUCAUUUUUUUUAAUAUAUGAUCUCACUUGCAAAAAAACCUUAACUCAGAUGGCUAUAGUUGCCGUUUAUUAACUUUUUUUUUGUUUUAACCACUGAGCAGACUUUUUUUUUUUUCUCCUUUCUCCUCUGAGGGACAAGUGUACUGAAAAGACAAAAGACAGUGUCACAAUGGCACUGGACACAGAGUUUGGUGUGAAGGGCAGCAGCAUCAUCAGGGAGUGGAGUGGACAGGUCCAGCCUGCUCUGGUCGCCUCCGUCCUUUUCCUCUUCUGUCUGGAAGCCUGUCUGUGGGUCAGGAACCUCAGACUCAAGAGACGACUGCCGGGACCCUUCGCCUGGCCCGUGGUGGGCAACGCCAUGCAGCUGGGACAGAUGCCUCACAUCACCUUCGCCAGGUUGGCCAAGAAGUACGGCAACGUGUACCAGAUCAGAUUAGGCUGCAGUGAUAUUGUGGUGCUGAAUGGAGACAGGGCGAUUCGCCAGGCUCUGAUAGAGCACAGCAAUGAGUUUGCAGGAAGACCAAACUUUGUCUCUUUCCAGAUGGUUUCCGGAGGCAGGAGCCUGACAUUCACUAGUUACGGCAAACAGUGGAAAGCACACAGGAAACUCGCACAGUCAACCCUCAGAGCCUUUUCCUCUGCGAACAGUCAGACCAAGAAGACCUUUGAACGACACGUUACGUUUGAGGCCAUGGAGCUGGUGCAGGUUUUUCUGCGGAACAGCGCCGACGGACGGUAUUUUGACCCCGCAAAUGACUUCACGGUGUCUGCCGCUAAUAUCAUGUGCGCUCUCUGCUUUGGGAGGCGAUACAGACACGAUGAAUUGGAGUUCAGAACCAUGCUGAAAAAGCUGCAACGGUUUGGAGAGACAAUCGGGGCUGGGAGCCUCGUCGAUGUCAUGCCAUGGCUUCAGUCCUUCCCCAACCCGGUCCGCAGUGUCUAUGAAAACUUCAAGAGCCUCAACGAGGAAUUUUUCACUUUUGUUACAGAAAAAGUGGCACAGCACAGAGAAUCUUUCAGCCCAGACGAGACUCGGGACAUGAGCGACGCCUUCAUCAAUGUGGUCGAGCACGGGCAAAAGACUGGGCUGACCAAAGAGUUUGUCGACGCGACAGUGACAGAUCUAAUUGGCGCAGGUCAAGACACGACGUCGACCUUCUUGACGUGGAUCAUGCUGCUCCUGGUCAAACACCCAGACGUCCAAGCCAAGCUGCACGAGCUCCUAGACAAAGUGGUCGGCCCCGAAAGGCUGCCAACGAUUGAGGACAGAGGCAACCUGACCUACCUGGACGCCUUCAUCUACGAGACCAUGCGCUUAACAAGCUUUGUCCCCGUCACUAUCCCACACUCGACCAUGUCAGACGUCACCAUCGAAGGUCUCCACAUCCCCAAAGACACGGUGGUGUUCAUCAACCAGUGGUCAGUCAACCACGACCCGCUGAAGUGGAAGGACCCGCACGUCUUUGACCCCACGCGCUUCCUCGAUGAGCACGGGGCCCUGGACAGGGACGCGUGCAACAAUGUGAUGAUAUUCUCGCUGGGUAAAAGACGCUGCAUCGGCAACCAGAUCACCAAGGUGCAGGUGUUUCUACUUGCGGCCGUGCUGCUGCACCAGUGCAGCUUUGAGAGUGAGCCCUCUCGGCCCCUCACGCUUGACUGUGUCUACGGGCUCACGCUGAAGCCCUUUCAGUUCUGUGUCAACGCCAAACUCAGAGGGAAGUUGCUCGGCUUAGUUUCCCCAGCGUGAGCAGCAGCAGCAGCAGCAGCAGCAGCAGCAGCAUGUCCCCCCCAAAAAAAAAAACUGUGACAACACUUCUCCCCACCAAUGACAUUUACAGUAUCAGUGAGUAUCAGUAAACCUGCACUAAAUCCUAUUGUAAGAUUUUUAUAUUUAAGAAUGAUAUUUAAUGGAUACAUUAACACAGUCUGUAUUUUUUGAUUUACUGUUGGUGCAGAGCUGAGAUUUCAGAGAUGUAUCAUUGUCUGUUAUCCGCUUUGUGGACUGUUACUAUGUCACAGAAUAUUCUAUACUUGAUCAGAUCUUGUACAUAAUUGUGUCUUGAGUUGUGUGCUUGUUUUUUUUUGUUUUUUUAAAAUUCACUACUGUGCAUGUACACGUGUGCAGGAAAUUAGCCACAAACCCCCUUUAAAUUUCACCAAAAAUAACUAUGAAACGUGAUCACGUCACUUGAUGAUUUAUUGUUCUCAAUUGUAAUAUGUAAGAAUAUAUGUAUAUAUA